AUGGCUGCUGAAGUAUAUUACCAGGCUAUUGGCACUUUGCAGUCCCAUUCUUAUCUGGAUAAUUUUAAUCAUCACCAAAAACAUAAAAGCAAUUUAGUAAGAUUGGUGACUAGGGAUUUUAUCAGUGGUAAUGGCUUGUCAAGGAGAAGUAGUAGCUCUGUCCAGAGGAAUUGUGCUGUAAUUCAAUCGCUAGCUUUUCAAACAUCAGUAGUUGAUCCGGUGUUGUCCCCUUCAAGAAGCAAUGCUGGUGACAAUUACAAGAAAUCAAAUGAAGCAGCUUUAAUCCUUAUUCGGCAUGGUGAAUCAUUAUGGAAUGAGAAGAACUUAUUCACAGGAUGUGUUGAUGUCCCUCUAAGCAAGAAGGGUAUAGAUGAAGCAAUUGAAGCUGGAAAAAGAAUUAGCAGCAUUCCUGUUGAUGUCAUAUUUACAUCGGCUUUGAUUCGUGCACAAAUGACAGCCAUGCUUGCUAUGACCCAGCACCGUCAUGGGAAGGUCCCUAUCAUUUUGCACAAUGAGAGUGAACGAGCAAGGUCAUGGAGUCAAGUUUUUAGUGAAGAUACAACAAAACAGUCCAUUCCAGUCAUAGCAGCUUGGCAACUAAAUGAAAGAAUGUAUGGGGAACUGCAGGGUCUUAAUAAGCAAGAAACAGCAGACAGAUAUGGGAAAGAACAAGUCCAUGAAUGGCGGCGAAGUUAUGACAUACCUCCUCCAAAUGGUGAAAGUUUGGAAAUGUGUGCUCAAAGAGCAGUUGCCUAUUUUAGAGACGAAAUUGAACCACAACUUUUAGCUGGAAAGAAUGUUAUGAUUUCAGCCCAUGGGAAUUCAUUGAGAUCCAUUAUCAUGUACCUUGAUAAAUUAACUUCCCAAGAGGUCAUUAGUUUGGAACUGUCAACUGGAAUUCCCAUGCUUUACAUUUUCAAAGAGGGAAGAUUCAUUAGGAGGGGGAGUCCCAUAGGGCCUUCUGAAGCUGGAGUUUAUGCCUAUACAAGGCGUCUGGCUCUUUACAAGCAGAAGUUGGAUGACAUGUUCCAAUGA